GGCUGUAUGUGGGACUUUUUGAGUGAGGGAGUUAGAGAGAGAGAUGAAAAAGGGUUAGAGAGAGAGGAAUCCGAGCUGACAGCUUUCUUAAUAGAGCAUGAUUAACUCAGCUACAGAAGCAGGGAAUCGUAGAAUUGCAGCUGCAUUUUCAGUUCGGUAGUUGGAUGUAUGUUAACAAUUUAGCUAUAAUGUCGACAGUGCAUCCAUUUCUGAAGGAAUGUUUAUUGAUAAUGCAUCGGCUAAACUUAAAGUGGUGGCUGCAUUUUUCAUUUUUUGGCCUCCUUUUUGGUGCUUCGUUUGGAGAAGUCCGUUAUGUUCUUCCAGAAGAGAUGCAGACAGGCUCGGUGAUCGGGAACGUUGCGCGGGAUCUGAGACUGGAGGUGAGGGAUCUGGAGGCUCGUCGCGCCCGUGUUGUUGCAGAAGGAAAAAGCAAGCUGUGUGAACUGAACACUGCGUCAGGCAGUCUUUUGAUCAGCCAACGGAUAGAUCGAGAGGCGCUCUGCGCGCAAGCCACUGUCUGCAUUUUACAGUAUCAGCUUUUACUUGAAGAUCGUCUUCAAGCAUUCAGCAUAGUUUUGGAUAUUACAGAUAUAAAUGACAACAGUCCAGUGUUCCCUACUGGGGAGAUAAAACUGGAUUUAGUGGAAUCCACAGUUCUGGGGAGGCGCUUUCCCUUAGAGAGCGCGCAUGACCCCGAUCUGGGCACGAACUCUGUCCGUGAAUAUACACUGAGCCAGAAUGACAAUUUUGCACUGGAAAUGAGUAACCAAAUGAAUGGAAAUGCUUAUCCUGAGCUAGUUCUUAAAAAGGCAUUAGACCGGGAGGCACAAGCUGAAUAUAUACUAAAAAUCAGUGGAAUUGAUGGGGGAAAUCCGGCCAGAUCAGGAACUGCUUCUAUCCAUAUCCGUGUUUUGGACGCCAAUGAUAAUGUCCCGGUUUUCAGCCAGCGAGUCUACAAAGCCUUUGUGCCAGAGAAUUCAGCCAUCGGGACUGUCAUAACCACGCUGGAUGCCACGGACCUAGACGAGGGGGUGUAUGGGGAUAUAACGUAUUCCUUCAGUCACCUAUCUGACAAGUUGGGAGGUGUUAUUGAAAUUGACCGUCUAAGUGGAGAAGUUCGGGUGUCAGGUAUAAUCGACUAUGAAGAGGCUAGCUCACACGAGCUCGAUGCUCAGGCUAAAGAUGGCGGUGGUCAGGCCUCACACUGUAAACUUAUAAUUGAUGUGAUUGACGUGAACGACAAUAAGCCCGUGAUAGAAAUAAAGUCGGCCUCUGCUAACGUGGCUGAAGACUCAAAACCAGGGACUAUGGUUGCUCUGAUUAAUAUAUACGACUUGGACACUGGGAGCAGUGGGCGGGUCACUUGUGUAAUUUCAGACAAUGUUCCUUUUAAAUUAGUAUCGGAGGUAAAAAACUAUUACAUGCUGGUGACUAACGAAAUGCUAGAUAGAGAAGCGCAACCAGAGUAUAACCUCACAGUUACUGCCACUGAUGCGGGUUCUCCCCCACUUACUAGUGUAAAAGUUAUACCGAUCGUGAUUAGUGAUGUAAAUGAUAACCCCCCGACUUUCAUGCAGUGCGAGUACAGUGCCAACAUAUUGGAAAACCAACCUGUUGGCACGUUUGUCAUUAAAGUCAAAGCAGAAGACACUGACGACGGAUCUAACGCUAAAAUUCAAUACCAAAUAUCAAAGGACACAAACUCAGAUGUGUCAUCUUUCUUAACCAUCAACUCAGAUACAGGAGAGCUCUUUACAUCACGUCUCUUUGAUUACGAGCAAUCAGUUUAUUUCCAAAUUAAAGUGACCGCUAGAGACGGGGGCGGCCCUUCACUUUCUACCACCUGCACUAUAAACGUGUUUAUUAAGGACCAAAAUGACAAUGCACCUGUGGUCUUAUAUCCUGUCCAAAGUAGCGGUUACAUUGCUGAAGAUAUGGUACCAGCUGAAGCGCCUAGAGGCUACCUGGUUACUAAGGUGGUAGCUGUGGACGCUGAUUCAGGUCAUAACGCCUGGCUUUCCUACAGAAUAAUCAAAGCAACACGGCCUAACCUGUUUAUGGUAGAUCUGCAUACAGGAGAAAUCAGAACCACGCGAACAUUUAUGGAGGACGAUGAACCAAAACAAGCUCUUGUUGUUUUAGUAACGGAUAACGGGCCCGAAUCUCUCUCUGCCACUGCGACAGUCAGCAUAAUGCUGGGUGACGGGCUCCCUGUUUUAAGCGAACUUUUUGAAUUUGCAGAUGAAUCACAAAAGAGCGAUAACUUAACGCUCUAUUUGAUCAUUGCUCUAUCAACCGUGUCUUCUCUUCUCAUCCUUCUAAUCAGCGGAGUGUUUUAUUUUAAGCUCUGCCGGCGUGGCUAUGUUUACCGUUCAACCACAGCAAGUCUCCCUGUUUUCCCCACGACCUAUUGCCCCCCUAGUUUUACAGAUUUUAGCCGUUGCGGCACUUUGCUGAAUGAUGAGCGAUAUGAUUCCUUUAUGACCACCGGGUCGUGGAGAGGCGAUUUUCGUUUCGGAUCAAAUACAGACACCGACACACUUAAGAAAAGAAGUGCAGCCUAUCAGAAAAACACACUGAGGCGCCUCAGUGCAGACAGGGCCACUCUGAAGGUGAGGGCAGGUGCACCGCAUCCCUGUUAUGUGAUCAAAUAAGAGUCUGAGCAAAAAGAGAGACUUUCUUUUUGCUCAGUUUCAUGCUUUUGUUCCUGCACCCUUUUUGAACUUUUUUUCAGAUGUGCGUGUUUUCAUUAAUCAAAUAAGAGUCUGCCAUAAUAUGUUAUCAAAUAUGAACGGUGAAUUUGAGAUGGACAUUUUCACAUAUAUGUUUUAAUUGUUCUUUUUACUCAUGGUUCUAUAUGUAGUAAUUACUGAAAAUGUACACACAAUGAUUCUCCGUGGUCCAGUAGUUCUAAAAUAUGUUUUUUUUUCUUAUACGUGGAUGUAUUCGUGCAUGAAUAUGUUAUCUUUUGUAUACGACCUCAACUUCACCGCCACAAUGAGAUCUUGGACACAGGUGGCAGUUUCAAACAUAUAGGUAGUGAUUCUUUGACAUAUUAUUAGUUGUAGUAUCACACAAGUAUAACUAAAGUAUUUAUUGUAUCUUUAUAUAUUUUACUUGUGCCAGUUGUAUGUUUAGUCAGUUUAUUUUUGCUUUCUUUGUCCUUAUUAAUAUAUUUUAUUCUGUUUUUAAUCUAAUAAAAAACAAUAUUCUAUAUUUGAUGCUCUUUAUCAUAUCUGUGUUCAUAAAAGACACAACAUAACAUUAGUAGUAUCUCUUUACCUUAAAAGCACCAACAAAUAUUGAUCUUUCAGUAUUGAAGAACAUAUAUAACUGAUUAAAUAAAUUGGUUGAAAUGCCUCUUUUUCUGCAUUCAAAAUGCAGGGCUGACCUUUAUGACUUCUCCAUUCAUCACUAUAUCUUCUGAGAGUGAUAUAGUUGAGGAGAUGUAGUCUUAGGGAUACAUCUUUUGCUUUGUCAGUGCUAUAUUAGUUUAUGGCUGAGUAAAAAAAAUCUACUGUUUUAACUGUCCAUAUUUAAUUUACUUUUUUUCUUAUUAUUUUUCACUGUAGCCAACUUUUGACAAUGUUUUUAUCAUCAGUUCAUCAUCUAUUGUGUUUAACCACUUAUCCAACACAGGGUCUCAGGGCUCAAGCCUAUCCCAGCUCACAUAAAAUGAAAGGCAGGUACACCCUGGCAAGGUUGCCAGUAUUAUUGUUAUUUAUUUAUCUUUUUGGUCAUGUUUUUUUCACAAAAUAUUGUGACAGAGACAAAAUAAAAGCUUUUCACUACAUACCAUUUAUUGAACUAUAUGUGAACUAACUGUGUGCAUUUAAUGAAAAAUAAACUUUCAGAAAUU